ACGCGGCGCGGGUCUCCGCGGAGACCGGCUCGGGCACCGCCCCUGCGCGGGAGGCUGGAGGUUCCUGUUGCAGAGGCCGGCAAGGACUUGAUGAUAUGAAUCCAGAUAUUUCCAGGAUGGCACGCUCUCUGAAUGAGUGGCUGUGGCAGCAUGAGUUCUGGCUGCCCCCAGGAAUCACUUGGGAGGACAUGCAAGAGUCUGAAGACAUCCAGUACCCUCAGCCUCAUGAUCUCCUUCUCAGUAUCCCUUUUGCUUUGAUCUUGGUUGUCAUUCGAUGUGCCUUUGAGAGAGCCAUAGCCCUGCCCCUCUGUACCAAACUGGGUGUGAGAGACAAGCAGAGACCAAAAGCUCAGCCCAACCCCAUACUGGAAACAUUCUACAGUACACGUUGCAAGAACCCUGAGCAGGAUGAGCUGAUCAGUUUGGCCAAACAGUGCAACCAGCCAGUGAGGAAGACAGAGAAGUGGUUCCGGCGCCGGAGGAACACAGACCGACCCAGCCUGUCCAAGAAGUUCUGCGAGGCCUGCUGGAGGUUUACAUUUUACAUCAUUUCUUUCCUCACCGGCCUUGCUGAGCUGUAUGAUAAGCCUUGGCUGUGGGACCAUAGAGAGUGCUGGACAGGAUAUCCACAGCAGCCUCUCCAACCCUCUGUGUUCUGGUACUACCUGCUGGAACUCUCCUUCUACUGGUCACUGGUCUUCACCCUGCCUUUUGAUGUGAAGAGGAAGGACUUCAAGGAGCAGAUAGUCCAUCAUGCUGCAACCAUCUUCCUGAUCAGUUUCUCAUACUGUGCCAAUUACAUCCGCAUUGGGACACUUGUGAUGGUGAUUCAUGAUGCUUCUGAUUGCUUCCUAGAGCCAACUAAGAUAUUCAAUUACAUGAAGUGGAAAAAAACUUGUGACAGCCUCUUUUUGAUCUUCUCAGCUGUUUUCCUCAUCAGUCGCCUGGUCAUUUUCCCCUACACAGUGCUCUACAACACCUACUAUUACUCCAUGGAGAUCUUCCAACCCUUCUAUGGAUACUACUUCGUGAAUACACUCCUGACAAUUCUGCAGCUGCUGCAUGUCUUCUGGUCCUGCCUAAUUAUUCGCAUGGUCUACAAGUUCAUUCUCCAGGGCACAAUAGAAAAGGACAUGAGAAGUGACACAGAAGAAAGUGACAAGGAUGAAGAAGGAGAAAAGAUGAAGGAAAAGGAGAAAAACGGGAUCACGUCUUUCAGCAACUUAACAAGCAACAAUUCUAUCCAGAGGAAUGGGGCUGAGCCACGGAGCAGCAGAACCCACCUCACUAAUGGCCACGUCAAGGAAAGAUAGCUGCUGCUCCUGUGCUUCUGGUCUGCUCUGCAAUGAACCCAGUCCUCUGUCUUUAGAAACAGUUUUGCUGAUGAUGUAGAUAAAAUGGAGUGCAAUUGCAGUAUCAUAGCUGAAUUCCUGCUCCCCAUAAACAAGUGUUCGUAGUCAGUGAUAUUUGAAGGACUUUUUUUCAAUAAAAGCUUUCUGUAGGUUGUAGGCCUGAAGCAGAUAGAAAGGGAUCAACAUGGUUUGACUUGUGUUAGACUGUACCAUAGUUGUUGUUAGAUGUUUUAAUCUUGAAAAAUACUUUUUAAAACAGGUGGAUAAACUCUGGCAACGUCAAGUCUUAACCACCUGCUGUUGUUUAGUCUUGAUCAGCCUCUAAAGGCCCUGACCUGUGGCCACUAAUACUAUGGCUAACAAGUGUGAGACUCUAAAUCUUAAAAGGAGUCACCUAUUUUGAGAAGACAGGUGCUCCAUAUGCACUCAGAAAAUUAAAACUGAGCAUAGUGGAAUGGAAGCUUCAGAAAGACACAGGAGAAGACUUUUCCUUCUCAAAGGAAAUGCUGCUGGGUACCAUAUGACCAGUUUUGUAAUGAUGUGGAUCUCAGUGCCUUCUCAUGUCAGCAUUAUUGCCACAAAAGUGGGAACUCCAAAGCCCAGAUUGGAGUGAGUACCCACUCAAAUCAUAGCUGAAAGAGCCAGGAAAUCCUGGCAGCUGUGUCUAAACUGUCAGGUAAUCCUUUAAACCUGUCUUGGAAGAAAACACAGCCAGAAAAAGGGAGGUGACAAGAAACUAGAUAAUCCAGGAGACAACACUGAUUAAGUGCUCAUGUUUUCACCUGGUGUGAUUGGCACAGUGGGAAAUGUUUACAGAGGCAGGUUGUCACAAGAAGAGAAUGUAUUUCCCCUGUCUUCAGAGGAAAAAGGAUCCAGAGAACAUCUGCUGAACCUUAUGGAAUGAUGCUUUAAUGUGGCCUUCUAACUCUAGGGCCUUUGCCUAGAGGCUAGCAAGUUUAAAGCAGUAGUCCAUGAAGUCAUGAUGCAGUUCUGAUUCAGUUGGUUUGUAUCUUAUAUUCUGUUGGAUUCUGUAAUUCCUUGAAAGACAUAAACUAGUGUGAGAUGAGAUUCUGUUUUAUAGAUCAAUUAAUCUAUUAAAGUAUUAACAGAUUCACUGUAAUAAGUGUAGGGACUUAGGCUGCUGUGGCCAUACAGACACUUUCCUCUAUGUGCCCAGUAAAGGCCAGUCCUAACUGGGGGGGAGAGUCCUUAAAGGGUUAAGCUAGUAGAAGAGGCCAGCUGCACCUAUAAAUCUGUCACUUAAACUUGUUGUUAAUUAGCUGUGAAAUUCUUCUUCAUGAACCUAUCUGUAGUUUUUAGGAAUAGGCUACCAGAGGCCUUGAAGAAGCUUCUCAACUGAGAUAAGGAAUGUCUUCUGUCUCUGCAACUAAUUCCAUUGCUGAUAAAAGGAGCAGGAGAUGAAAAGACUCCCUGAAAAGUGAUGGACUUCCCAUAAUAAUUGUGGGACACUUGUUUAGAUUUAAUUGACCAAUGAAUAAGUAAAAUGCUUAUGUAAUAUUCGCGUGGACACCACAUGAACAAGAAAUUGAUUGCUUAGCUAAGCAUGUGCAAGACAGUAGAUAAACAAGCCUUAGGGUAUAAAUUAGGUGGUGUAAUAACAAUAGGUUAAUGACCAUUGCUGCUAUUAAUAGUUAUAAUGCUGCUAUUACUACUGCUGAUGUAGUUGUUGCUUGGCUUGCUAGAUUCGCUUAUACAUUUAUUUUGGAGGAUUUUCACCUGGUAUUCAGGAGGGAAUGUUCAUCUGUACCAACUUUUGCCCAGAAUAAACUUGUCCUGAUUGAACCAGAA